AUCAAUAGCUAACGGUAAUAAGUACAGCGUCUGUUACGACCGAAGAAACCGGGGGUAUUGUUGCUAUUUUGUUGAUAACAUUGUUUUUAUGACUGAACUAAACUAAAACAUAUUGAACUGGUGAAGAAUGGAAGAUAUUUGUCCGGCUGGUAAACUUGUGGAGAACGUUUGUGGAGUUUGUCAUCUCUUCUCACGUCAAGGCGCACAGGAGCAGUUCAGCUCUGCAGCCUUACAUGGUGAAAUGCCAGACUGCUCUGACCUAAAACCAGAAAGAGAGGAAGAUACAGAGCGAGAGAAACAACUUGACUGAUACAGAAAACCACGGCAGGCCAGAGAAAACAGACAACGCUUCUGCUGCCAGUCGGAGGUGAGAGAGAGCUAAAUAUGGUGAGGAUGAUGCCGAAGAUGACUGCUGUCGCCCUGCUGCUGCUCUGUGGUUUCACCGUCGGCUUAACAGAUUCUCAGGAUGGGUGUAACAUAUAUGCUGCAGAAGACCAAAACGUUAUUGUGCCCUUGGACUACAACCUGCAAAACUCAGAUACCUUGAAAUGGAGGUUCAAUGAGAACGCAAUCUAUCAUCGAAAAAAAAAAACGAUUGUUAUCAAGGCACCAGCGGGAGUGGAAGUUUAUGAAAAUGGAUCCCUUAAGCUGACAAAUCUGAAGAAAAACAACGCAGGGACAUACACCCCUGAUGUUCACAAAGAUGAUGGAAAAUCAGUAAAGGAACUCAAACCCAUUAAUUUAUGUAUAUUGGACAGUGUCCCGGACCCUGUAGUGACGAUUGAAUGUUCCAAAACCACCCCAACAAUGGUCAUAUUUACCUGCAACGUUAGCAAGCACCAGGCCCAGGGUCUCACCUUUAAAUGGUUGAAGAAUAAGAAGGAGAUGACGGAGACAAAGGAGAUGAAGGCGAAACCUCAGAUUCUAAAACAAAAAGCCGAAGAUGUGGAAAAAGAUUCAUUCGAAUGCAAAGUUUCCAACCCUGCCUUGUCUAAGACCAGCAAGGCUUUUCAACAUAUGUGCACUAGCUCCAUUUUUUUCAUUCCUAAAGAAUUAUUUGGCCUUGAUUUCUGGAUCAUGGUGGGCAUCCUGGGCGGUGGAGGAGGACUUGUUCUGUUGCUGAUUAUCAUCGUCAUUGUUUGCUGCGUCCGGGCCAGAAAGAAAAGAAGCAUGAAAGUUAAGGACGAGGAGGAACUUCGUUUGGGGUGGACCAAUCCUGAACAACAACAACAUCAUCAUCAUAAACAUAAUCAUCCUCCCGGUCAUCACCAUCACCACCAUCACCAGCAGCAGCCGGCCGGCCACACUGGUCCUCGCCAGCAUCGCCACAAACAACACCGUGACCCGCGUUCAAAAGUCCCCGACAUUCCAAACGGCCAACCUCAGCCCAGCCCCAGAAGAGCCCCACAGGCCCCGAGACCAGUCGAUAACGUUGAUGACGAACAGCCUCCUCCUCUUCCUCAGCCCAGGAAGAAAGCCCCCAGAACGCCAAGAGUGUGACACCAUGUGAGUGUUGAAGUUUAGAUGAACAGAGAAGUUUAAACAGUCCUCCUGCUCUUCUUAAUUCUUUCCUGUUUCAUGUCUCUUCUCCGUCCUUCUCUACUGAAGAUUAAUUCAUCCAAAUUCAGCCAGGAAAAGCAAAGAGGCUCCUCUGACCUUGAAGUUAAGGGUCAGAGUCAUGGAUUCAUCAGGAUGGUGAAAAUAAUUUGGUACAAACUAAGUUUUUUUUUUAUUAUUAAAUUGUUCAUACAAACUAAAACAAAGUAAAAGAUGCUUUUUAAAGCUGAUAUCAAACUAUGAGACUUCAAAAGCUUUCAGUUUUAUGAUGUUGAUCACGUGAUGAGCAAACUUAGCCCUAAUUUGUAGAAAAAUGGAUGUUUUUGGUUUAAUU